CGAGCGAGAGACAAUAGAAAAAAAAAAAAGAAAAAAAAAAGAGGGAAACCCCUUCUCAUUUUUUUUUCUUUGGGGAGGAGGGAGAGUUAGGAUUGGAGAAAGAGAUCUCGGCCAUGGCGAUUCUUAGACCUUCUUCCUCUCCUCUCCUCUACACUGUUGGUUUCUUCUUCUUUUUCUCUUUCGUCUCGCAUCCAGUCGUCUUGGCCGCUGAAGAUAUCGUCAAAGAAGACGACUCUAUCGUCAAAUUUCCUGGCUGCAACAAUACAUUCCGGAUGGUUAUCAUAAGGAACUGGGUGAAUGGUGAUGAAAGACCAAGCGUGGAUGGAAUGAAUUCAAGAUUUGGUGCCUCUUUGCCGAUCCAUAUUUCUGAUGCUCUUAAAAAGCCUGCUGUUCUCACAAACCCAUUCAAUUGCUGUUCUGCUUCAUCUUCCAAGUUAUCAAAUUCUAUUGCUGUGGCCAUGCGUGGGGACUGUGACUUUGCUUACAAGGCAAAAAUUGCACAGUUAGGAGGUGCAGCAGGUUUAUUGGUGAUAAAUGAUAAAGAAGAACUCGAGAAGAUGGGGUGCCCUGAAAAUGAUACUUCCCUUGACAUUACAAUUCCUGUUGUACUUGUGUCAAAGUCAAAUGGAGAGAAUAUUAAAAAAUCCUUGGAUAGUGGAGGAAGAGUGGAUAUUCAAUUGUAUUCUCCAAACAGGCCAGCUAUUGACCCUGCAGCAGCCAUUUUGUGGUUAAUGGCUGUUGGAACUGUUGUUUGUGCUUCCCUGUGGGAUGAAUACAUUGCAUGCAAGCAGGAUCAAACUAAUGCUGAAAUCAGCAGAAAAGAAGAUUCUGAGAAAGAAUUCGUAGAACUUAGUACCACAGGAGCCAUAGUAUUUGUUGUAGCAGCAUCUACUUUCCUGGUGCUUCUAUUUUUUUUUAUGUCCUCUUGGUUUAUUUGGCUGCUGAUUGUCUUAUUCUGCAUAGGCAGUACCGAGGGAAUGCAUGUUUGCAUGGUAACACUUAUUUCAAGAAUUCUUAAAGGUUGUGGGCGGAUGACUAUAAGUCUUCCCAUUUUAGGAGAGGUUUCGAUUCUGUCUAUUUUGGUUUUACCAUUCUGUAUGGCAUUUGCCAUUUCUUGGGCUGUAAAUCGGAAUUCACCUCAUGCCUGGAUUGGGCAAGAUGUUCUUGGCAUCUGUUUGAUGAUUACAGUGUUGCAAGUGGCCCGCUUACCAAAUAUAAAGGUAAUUGAAAUAAUUAGAUCCAGAUUCUGCUGUUGCUGCAAUAUCCUACCAUCUAUCCAUUUUUUUUUUGAAAUUCAGGUUGCGUCAGCUCUUCUUACCAGUGCAUUUUUCUAUGAUAUAUUCUGGGUUUUCCUUUCACCAUUGAUAUUCCAUAAAAGUGUUAUGAUUGCGGUUGCCCGUGGUGAUAAUAGUGGUGGAGAAGCCAUCCCAAUGCUUCUAAGAAUUCCUAGAUUUUCAGACCCUUGGGGUGGCUAUGACAUGAUUGGUUUUGGUGAUAUUCUAUUCCCUGGCUUGCUUGUUGCUUUCAGUUUCAGAUUUGAUAAAUCAACUAAAAAGGGUGUGUUGAAUGGCUAUUUCCUGUGGUUAGUACUUGGCUAUGCAUUUGGCUUAUCCUUGACAUAUCUUGGCUUAUACCUAAUGAAUGGACAUGGACAGCCUGCCCUGCUCUACUUGGUUCCCUGUACCUUAGGUGUUGCUGUUAUUUUGGGUGGGAUAAGAGGAGAACUAAAUGAUCUUUGGAACUUAAGAGAGAAACAUUCUGAUACCAGUCCUGCUGGAGAUGUUUAAGCACUACUCUGCUGAAUCUCAUGACAGAUGUCCAUCAAGCUUCAUCAACAUACUGAUGCCAUCAUCUCAGCAGAAACUGCUGGAGAACUGCACUCCUUGCUACAGAUUAUUAGAUCUGACAGAGACGAGAAAGAGUCAGGAAGCUUGUUGCUCAAAAGAUGUAGCAAAGUUUGGGAACAACUUCUCCAUCCUUGAUAACAAGCUAAUCAUCAUCCAAUUGCUUCAUCUCUUUUUUGCCAUCACAUGUGAUGUGGUUUUAAUCUUGUAAUUUCACAAUCGGAUUGGCAUUUGUGAUGUUCAUGUAGACAAUUUGUACCAUCAUUGUAUUUAUAAUAUCCAUCAGGUAACUUGUUGAAA